AAUGCAACUGAAAGUGAACAGCGUUGCCUCCGUUUUGCCGGAUUCCCAGCCAAGUUAAACUACACGUCAGUAGAAAACCUGUACUGGUGACUGGACGUGUGCAGUGUGCGUCAGGCGGUUCCCGGAUGCACCAAACAGAAACAUGGAACGGGUAGUGGUGGAAGUGCCGAUCAACAACGGUUUUUCUCUUCCUGGCCCGUCCACAACCCCUCGAAAGCGUCAGGUGCGUUUUUCAGCGCGGCAUGACAUCAUCCUUCUGAGGGAGGUUAUCGCCCAGAACCCCUUCGUCUCUAAAGAGCCAGGACGGAUCUGGGCCCGUGUGGGGGAGAUCAUCACUGCAGCCCUUCAAGAUGAAAGCUUUGAGGUGGAUGCCAGGAGGUGCAGAGAGAGGACCAUGCUUUUGCUGGACUACUACAAGAAACAAGACUUUCCCAGUCUGCGCAGAUUUGGAACAGAGAGGUUGUACGCCCAAAAGGAAGAACUGCUCCAUGAGGUUUUGGAGCUCGAGGCUGAGAAGGGGCUUCUAGUCAGCGGGGAAAACACAAAGUACCAGGAUGAUGAACUGAGAAAGCGAGCCCUAGAAGAACUAAGUCUACCAGAGCAGGACAAACCCAACAUCACCAUCACACAAACACCCACUGCAGCAGAACCAGAGGAAGACCGUGAAGAAAUGGUACACCUUUCAGCGGGGCCCAUGGCCAAGCAGCCCUGCCAGUGCUGCUGCCAGACUUACUCGGAGAUUCUCAGCUUCCUGGAGAAACGCUCAGAGGCGGAGCAACGGCUACGAGAGGAGGAACUUGCCCUGCGCCGGGAAGAGCUGGAGAUUCAAAGGAGUAAGAUCACUCUAGAGAGGGAGCGUCUGGGAGCUGAGAGAAAAGAGAGGGAACGGAGAUUUGAGCUGGAGAGCCAGGAGAGGCAGGUCAUCUUGGAUCUGCUAAAAGAAAAGGUGCUGAAAGGCUGAAAAUUGUAUCACCUGGAAUUUAAUGCCAUCUUUCAAAGCUGGAAAUCGGGAAACAACAUAGUUGACCACUUAAACGAGGAAGAAAACCAAGGAAACAGGAAGUAAAAAGAUCAAUGGUUGUAGGGUGUUACACACAGGUUAUUGUAAAAUAACUAAACCAAAUGGAGGGUGGUAAGCCAAACAAAUUAGUAAUGUUGAGUGUCUGGGUGUGUGCAGGCAUGUAUUGUGUGUGUGUGGUGCACAAAGUACCAAAAAUACAUUAACCUGCAGACAGUGUUCAAAAGCUGCACUAACUUCCUAAACCAGCUGCACAAAGCUGACCCAUAUAGAUCCCAGUAGACACAAA